AUGUCUGUGAGCCGUAGCGUCACUGGAGAUUCGGGGGUGAACGCGCAAGAACAGGGCAUUUGUGCCAUAACAGUACCCAUCAAUGUGUGUAAUCAGUUGAACUCCAGCGAUCACGACUGUCUUGUCCUGGUUACCGAUGACGUAUCCAUCUUACCGGCCGAAUUCGAACUGAUUUCGCAGUGCCUAUCGGCGCAAAAUAGUAUUGUGCCCGAGUUUCAUUCUGGGGUUCAUUUAAUCUACUGCGAGUCCUUACCUUCCAAAAGAAUAGUUCUCUCGUUUACAGGUUCGCUUGAUCGUGAUUAUGAUGACAUUCGGCGCGUUUCUGAGGCUGCCCGCGAUGGGAUUUCACAUGCCUUGAAAAUCGGAUCCAUAAGGCCUUUAUUGGCUUUGACACCUUUGAAAGCUCUGGAGAAAAUACGGGUCCUUCCCAGCUGGGCGAAGCCCGAGGCCUUGUGCCUAUCCACUUUACUUGGUGCAUUGCAUGCACUCUAUGUUCCGCUGGAGGUGCGAGAAUUCGCAUUGAGGCCAGUCAAGUCUGACUUACACAAGUCUGUCAAGCCAUCCAAAGUGACUUCUCUCGGUUGGUUUCCUGGCACGUAUACAGUUGACCACACUCACCUGGUGCACAUUGCCUGGUGUCUCGAGGAGGGCCGUCGCGUUUGCCGUGACAUAGGUGGAUCUGAUCCUGAACGCAUGUGUGCUAGCCGCAUUGUUGAUUACAUCAAGGCAGAGCUGAGUGAUACUGGCGUUGUGGUUAAAACGGGUCCGGUGGAUGCGACACUCUAUCCUCUGGCUGCUGCUGUAGAUCGAGGCAGCAAUGAACGUCACCGAGGAGCCAUAGUCCAUCUGGAAUAUUCGGGACCAUUAGCCGAUGACCCAAAUGGCUCAGAAGUUACCAACUUAUUCCUGAUCGGCAAGGGGAUUGUUUAUGAUACAGGUGGUUCUGAUUUGAAAGUCGGAGGGAUUAUGGCCACAAUGCACCGGGACAAGUGUGGAGCGGCUGCUGUUGUAGGAUUUUUCAAAACAGCCGCGUUGUUGAAGCCUGAGAAACUAAGGCUUCACGGCAGCCUGGCAAUUGUCCGGAACAGUAUCGGUUCGAAUGCUUACGUCAGCGAUGAAAUUAUAACUUCGCGCGCUGGACUACGCGUACGCGUGAAUAAUACUGAUGCUGAAGGUCGGAUGGUCAUGACGGAUCUUUUAUGUGAAGCAAAGGAACAGGCACUUCAGGUGGUCAACCCGCAUCUCAUGACAUUUGCAACUUUGACUGGGCAUGUUGUAUUGUCAUACGGACCAAACUACACGGGAAUAGUAGCUAACGGCCCUUCGCGCGUCAUGGGAGCUGAUCAGACCUUCCAAAGUUAUGGCGAGCUGCUAGGCGAAAUGCACGAGAUAUCAACACUUCGUCGUGAAGACUUUGACGCCCAUAAAGCCCAAGAGGAGUAUGCAGACCUCAUCAACGCGGCUCGUCCAGUUGGAGGAAAACGUGUUCGGGGACAUCAAUCACCUGCUGCUUUUAUGAUAGUUGCAUCUGGGUUAGAUUCGCACAUGACAAACGCGGAGAAACCGUUACCAUACACGCACUUCGACAUUGCUGGAAGUCAGGGUCCUUGUCCCGGUAUACCCACCGCUGUGCCGUUGUUGACGUUAGCGUCACGAUACCUGCUUCAGGGCUUCUGGGAGGUGGUUUCCAAACUGUAUAAGUGGUGGGAAGUUUCCAUCAUCGAUAGCAUGACAUCAGUGUUCAGCACUGACCCUUCACUGCCAUACAACCAUAAUUUAUUUGAAAGCCUUAUUGUGUAG